AUGGAGGAGUCAGAAUCUGACAAGGAGUCGGAGCCGGUGGAUGUGUCUGAACCGGAGAAUCAGGAGAUGGAGGAAGAAGAAGUUGAGAAGGAGGAGGCUGUAAUCGUUGAAAAGGCAAAGAAGGUUGUUGCCCAGAAACCGUCAUCCAAAGCACUUCAGUCGGUUGAGAAACCGGUUCCCAAACCCAUUCCUACUAAACCAUCAAUUAAAACCACCAAGCCCAAAAUUUCUACCCCUACAAUUGCACCCCAACCAGUGGAGAAAUCAAAGAAGAAAGCAGAUGCUCAUGUUGAGGGGAAAGUUUCUAAAACGGAGACUGUUAAGGCGGGUGCUAGCAAGGGCCCUAGGAUUAAGACGGUUGCUAGGAAGGGUGCUGAAUCUUCCAAAGGCAAGGAGAUCAUGGAGCAUGAACCAGCAUCAGACCGGUUCCCUGCUGACAAAAAGAGGAAGGUCUAUACUGGUGGUGUUCUGAAAAUGAAAAGUGCAGCAAAAGGUGAUGCUAUUGGUGAAGGGACCAGUACGAAAUCAGUUCAGGCUAUUUAUGCCUUGGUGAAGCUGUUGAGUGACCAGAAUCAGAUGAUGCAGAAUAUGCUGAAUAGUGUUACUCAGCUUUGCACUGCUCUUCUGGAAUCCUACAAGAGAGUUGAGGUUCGCCUUGACAAGGCUGGUAUUCAGGGUAGAGAGGAUUCUGAGGAAAAGGAUGAGUCAUCUCAUGCUGCUGGUGAUGAAGAUGAUGAAGAAGAGGAGGCAGAAGUGGAGGAGGAAGAGCAAGAAGAAGAGGAGGAGGAAGAACAUGAAGAAGAUGCUUCAGAGAACCUUGAGGAGGAAGAAGAUGAUGGGACUGAAAAUGAUUCUGAAGCUGAUUGA